CUACAGGUGCUUCAAAUAUUAUAUACUUAGCGACCAGUUGUCUCGCGAGAUGCCACAUAAUCGUCAAAUUCUAGUCGUGGUAGAUUGCUGAUAAGAUAUUUAUAUAUGUACCAACUAUAAUGUUGACCAGGUUUUGUUACAGGUUACCAUGACAACAUGAGGAGAAAACAUUUAGUGUCCCUGGUAGUCCUGAUCUUCCUCACAUGGAAUAUUCUGAUGUAUUACUUCCUGGUUUCAAAGAAUCCAACUAAGAAUGAGAACCGUGUGUUGGUCAGUGAUAAGUUGAGAUGGCUACAGAAUGAUAUAGAAAAACAACUCAGAGAUAACGAAAAGUUACUGGAAGAUCUUCGACAAAUUAAAGACGAUACAGUGAAGAAAGAAAAAGCCAACAGGCUGAAAACUCAUGGGGUUGAAGACACUGAUCCUGCCACACAUAAAAUAGCUGUGUUAAUGUUUUCCUGUGAUAGAACUACAGUUAGUCGUAGUCUUGAUUCUUUAUUAAAAAUUCGUCCAAAAGGGGACAGGUUCCCUAUUGUUGUCUCUCAGGACUGUGGCCACAAGCCUACAUCUGAUGUCAUACAAACAUAUGUCAAGAAAGAGAAAGGACUGGUCACCCAUAUAAAGCAACCCGACCUUAGUGAUAUAAAACUUGCUUGGCCACAGAAGAAGUUCAAAGGCUACUUCAAAAUUGCCCGCCAUUAUAAAUGGGCACUUGAUCAAAUUUUCUUCACUUUUAAUUAUACGGCAGUUAUAAUUGUAGAAGAUGAUCUGGAGUAUUCACCUGAUUUCUUUGAAUAUUUUUCUGCCACCUACCAAAUACUGAAGGCAGACCCUACUCUAUGGUGUGUGUCAGCCUGGAAUGAUAACGGUAAAAGUGGUAUGGUAUCUGAUGAUCCAGAAUUACUAUACAGAUCAGACUUUUUUCCUGGUUUAGGAUGGAUGUUGGAAAAACAUGUCUGGCUUGAACUUAGUCCAAAAUGGCCAGAUUCAUUUUGGGAUGACUGGAUGAGACAUCCCGACCAAAGAAAAAAUAGAGUUUGUAUUCGACCAGAGAUCUGUAGGACAAGUACCUUUGGUAAAAAGGGGGUUAGCAAGGGAUUAUUUUAUGACAAACAUUUAAAAUUCAUCAAACUUAAUGAGAAGCCAAUAGACUUUACAAAGAAAGAUUUAACAUAUUUAAUAAAAGAAAAUUAUGAUCCAACAUUCCACAAAAUGGUGUAUGAAACACCGUUAGCUUCUGUGACAGAUGUGAUAACAUUGAGGAAGAGGACUCUUCCUGCAUUACGAGUUCAGUAUUCCUCAAAAGAAGAAUUUAAAUCGGCAGCUAAACAAUUAAAAAUAAUGGAAGAUUUUAAGGCUGGUGUACCUAGGGUUGCUUACCGUGGUGUUGUUAGCUUUAUGCGUUCAGGUCAAAGAAUUUAUUUAGCCCCUCCGGAAGGGUGGACAGGUUAUGACACAACAUGGACGUGACAACUGCUGAACUUAGUCAUUUAUGUACAAUUGUCUGCAUCUACACUUACCAGUGAUUGAAAGAGUUUAUUUAAGUUGCAUAUACAGAGUCCUAGAAAAGUUUUUAAGCCUGGUGGUAACAACAAGACUACAAAUCUGGUGGUGUUUCAAGUCAGUGAAAGAGUUAUUUGUAGUUGCAUAGUUCUAGAAAGGUUUUUAAGUCUGGUGGUCAUAUAAUCAGGACCAUACAGAACUCAAUUCUGGAAAAAGAAAAUUUUUGUGGUCCUGUAUAUGUAUUUGCAGAAAUUUUUUAAUUUCCUUCACAUUUUUAUACAUGUUGCUAUAGAUAAGAUAAGGCCAAUUUGCACAAUAAUUAUAUUGUUUAAUAUCAAAUAUUAACAUACAUUGUAAUCAAGAGCUAUACUAAAUACUAGUCCGCAAAAAAAACCCCAAUUAAACCACAAAAUUUUUGUGGACAUUAAUAACCCUCGCUUCUACAUUCAAAAUUGGUGGACCUACCUAACUUUGGUGGUCAGGACCAACAGGACUACCAAUUUUCAGGACACUGCCAUGCAUAAUAGUUCUGAACUCUGUGUGCAGAAUCUAUUUCAUUUUCUUAUAUUUUUAUAAAAGGCUUAAUGGAAAAAGGUAUAGCAUAACAUUGUAUGCUUCUAAAUUUAUUUUUAUUUUUUGUAACAGAGCUGUUUGAAUUAGUUCCUUGGAAAGGUAUUUUAAAAGAGCGUAUUGAGUGGACACAUCAAUUUUGAAGGUAUAACCAUUAGCAAUUUUAUCAAGAUGGAAUUAGACUGUACCUGUACUUAACACAUUGUAUCCCCACCUGUCAAUAAGACUUUAAAGUUUUGGGUUAUUAUUGUUUGAAUCCACCUCUGCUUAUAUAUCCACCACAAAGUACAAUUUACUUUUUUAUUGUUCUGGAAUUACCCCUUUAACUAUUAUGACAUUUCUGUUAUCACCAAAUGUUUAUGUUUAGUCCACAUUGGGUGAGGGUUCAAGCAUUUUUUUAUUUUUUUCUAGAGAAAAGAAGGUCUUGGGAUUAAAAAGCUUAACAUUAACAUCAAAUAGAUAAACUUGAGGAUGAUAGAAAUAAUUAUACAUGGCUUUACUGUUUUUGUUCUUGUACAAAUUAAUUUUAUCAUUUCUGACAAUAUUUGUUAACAAUAUAUGUGUAGCCAACUGGUUAAUUAAUAUUUGUCUUAAACGGCCAUGUUGAUCUUAACAUCAUCUGAAAGUAUGUAUCUUCAGUACUGUUAAGACAUUUGGCUUGCAGUCAAUCUGGUACUAGUACUGUCAAGUAGCUCUUCAGACAAAUUUAGUAUGUUUUUGUUUUGAACAGAUAAAUAAAAACUACUAAACAAAAACUAAACAAAUCUUAAUUGACUGCAAGAGAAUUAUCUGAACAGUUCUGAAUUUACUGCAGUGGAUAAGUCUGAAUUUUGUCUGAAAAGACUGAACCACAAGUAAUAAUUUUUUUAAGUUUUUAGAUCAUCAUUGACUUUUCAGGUAAAAAUUGGUUUGCAAGUGGCCCUGAAUGUUAUUGUGUCAUUUGAAGUUGGUGAUACACUUUAUACAGGUAAACCACAAAUUUAGUUGUUCUGCUAAGACUUUAAAGUUUUACUUUUAAAGUACAAGUUACUAUAGGUUGUAAGAAGAUUUUGGCUUAACUACGAAAUUCAAUAUCCAAGAACAUAAAAAAAUUUCCUUAAUCCAAGAAAAUUGGUAUCCAGGAUUAUAAAUGAAUCCAUGCUAUCUCAUUUAUUGUAGUAUAUUUGUUACACUACAGCUAAUGUGUAUUUUUGCACUCCACCAGUCCGCUAUUGGAAUUGGUUAAUCACACUAAAUAUGGUAUCAAUAUUUAUGUUUGGAAGUUGAAUGGAUAUUAUUGAAUGAGUGAAAUUUAUUGUUAUGUUUGUUUUCUGUAUAAUUUUUGUAAUAAUGACAUUUCUGUUAUCAUCAAUAUUUUUUUUAUCACUAUUUGUUUUAGUUUUGCUUUGAUCUUUUUUGUGAUCAUUUUUCAUAUCAUGCUUCUCGAAUGAUAUGAGUUUUUCUCAGAUAAGAGAAAGAGAAUGUAUGACUUCAUGAGUCGAUGUCAUUGACAAUGCCUAGGAAAACAGUGUUAAAAAGAUUAUCAAUGUGCUUUCAAAUGUGAGGAUGUUUCUUGACUACAUCUCAUCUCAGGGCUGUUCUCCUUCAAUGACAAUGUAGCUGAAGAAAACUAUCGAUAAUCUAUAAUUACAUGGCAACUAGAAUGUCAAAGUGUGAUUAUAUUUUGUUAUACAUUGUAAGUCAAUGUUUGAUUGUUAUAUACUGUAGAGAAAUCCAAUUUUUUAUGUUCUGAUUUAUCUAGUAUUGUUAAAUUAUGUACUUUUAAAAUUUUUAACAAUGAUAGCUUAUUUUCUAAUUGUAGUGAGAAUCAAUGCAAAGUUAAAAAAAAAUAGAAAUUACUGUAUCUAACAUUAAUAUCAGGUUGCUAGAAUUGUUUGAAAUAAAAACCUUUUUUUAUCAAAUACUGAUUUGGAAAAAGUGUCCUUUUUUAUUCAUUUAUACAUAGAAGUCCUGCACACACUAUUUCAUUUCAUGCAAUAAUUAAACUGCAUUUUGCCACUGAGUUUAUAACAGUACCAAUAUUUCUACACCAGAUACACAUUUAGACCAUUAAUGUCUCUUCGGUGAUGCACAAAGGCCAAAAUAUUUGAAAAUCCAAAAUUAGAGCUUAUAGACAAAAAAGUAUAGCCUAAGUUGGUCAAGGUUUCAGAGCUUUGCAUGAAGGAGAUGUAUUCCUUAAAUUGAAAUAAUUUCCAAAAUAAUGUAACAGCAAAUUUUGAUAACACUGUAUCCAUAUUUUCAUGCCAGUACCAAAGUACUGGCUACUGGGCUGUUAAUACCGUUGGGGACUAACAGUCAACCAGCAGAGGUAUCGAUCCAGUGGUAGUAACAAAAUCAAUUCUUCUGCACUAGAUACACAUUUUGACAGUUCAUUUUCAGUUAUAGAAUGUUACUUUUUUAAAACUCAAUAACUUUAAUUUUUAAUUGUUGAUGGAAAUCUACACAUUUUCUCCUAAUUUCUGACCUACAACAUUCCCAUUUCAUUGUGUGUAUAUUAUAUAUAUGUCUCUCUGUGAUUAUCAUAUCAAUUGAAAAAAGUAAGCUUUUCUCAUCACUUGGCGUUCCUCAUCCGUCGUCGUCAUCGUCUGUUAACUUUUACAAAAAUCUUCUCCUCUGAAACUACUGGGCCAAAUGAAACCAAACUUGGCCUGAAUCAUCCUUAGGGUAUUUAGUUGAAAAAUUGUAUCCGAUGAUCCUGCCUAUCAACCAAGAUGGCCGCCGUGGCUAAAAAUAGAACAUGGGGGUAAAAUGCAGUUUUUGGCUUAUAUCUCUGAAACUAAAGCAUUUUGUGCAAAUCUGACAUUGGUAAAAAUGUUCAUCAGGUCAAGAUCUAUCUGCCCUGAAAUUUUCAGGCGCAUCAGACAACCCGUUGUUGGGAUGCUGCCUCUGUAUUGGUAAUUUUAAGGAAAUUUUGCAGUUUUUGGUUAUUAUCUUGAAUAUUAUAAUAGAUAGAGAUAAACUGUAAACAGCAAAAUUGUUCAGCAAAGUAAGAUCUACAAAUAAGUCAAAAACAUGACCAAAAUUGUCAUUUGACCCCAUAAAGAGUUAUUGCCCUUUAAAAGUAAUUUUUUUCUCAAUUUUUUCGUAAAUUUUUGUUAUCUUUUACAAAAAUCUUCUCCUCUGAAACUACUGGGCCAAAUUAAACCAAACUUGGCCUAAAUCAUCCUUAGGGUAUCUAGUUUUAAAAAUGUAUCCGAUGACCCUGUCCAUCAACCAAAGACGGCUGCCGUGGCUUAAAAUAGAACAUGGGGGUAAAAUGCAGUUUUUGGCUUAUAUCUCUGAAACUGAAGCAUUUAGAGCAAAUCUGAUAUGGGGGUAAAAAUGUUCCUCAGGUCAAGAUCUAUCUGCUUUAAACUUUUCAGACGCAUCAGACAACCCGUUGAUGGGUUGCUGCCUCUGAAUUCGUAAUUUUAAGGAAAUUUUGCAGUUUUUGGUUAUUAUCUUGAAUAUUAUAUUAGAUCGAGAUAAACUGAAAACAGCAAAAAUGUUCAGCAAAGUAAGAUCUACAAAUAAGUCAACAUGACCAAAACUGUCAAUUGACCCCUUCAGGAGUUAUUGCCCUUUAAAGUCAAUUUUUCACAAUUUUUUGUAAAUAUUUUAAUCUUUUACAAAAAUCUUUUCUUCUGAAACUACUGGGCCAAGUUCAUUAUAGAUAGAGAUAACUGUAAACAGCAAGAAUUUUCAGUAAAGUAAGAUCUACAAACAAGUCACCAUCACCAAAACACAGAACUUUGUCAUGAAUUCUAUGUUAUAGAGUGUCCUUUGUUUAAUAUGCACUGCAGCACAGAGACCAAGGUGAGCGACACAGGCUCUUUAGAGCCUCUAGUUUAAUAUGUUGACAAACUGAAAAGCUUGUUAGACUUCGGAUUCCCACUCUAGGUUUAAUAGCAUUUUUAUGGUAUGUGCUACAUUUGAACUUGAUGAAAUCAAUUGGUUAUUGUCAUUUUUCAAAUGAUUAAUAUGUAAAAUCUUUCCUUGAUCUUGAUGAUGUUUGAAUUAAUUAGUUCAUCAUAAUAUGUUUAAGACCAGAGUACAAAUUAGAGAGAAAAGUCGUUAAUGUAUUAUGUACUUUUCAUUAGUAGUGAAAUUAGACAUAGUUUCAAUAAUCGUCAAUCAUCCAUUUUUCCAAUACACUUAAGUGUUACAUAACCAUUUGUUAUGCCCCUGCCGUAGCGGAGGGGGCAUUAAGUUUUACCCUUGUCCAUCUGUACGUCUGUCCAUCCGUAUGUCAGUCCGUACGUCUCAAAAUUGGUUUCCAUUCUCUAACUCUAGUUUGCCUAAACCAAAUGUUAUGAAACUUAUCCACAAUGUUUAUUACCACAAAACACAGAUCAAGUUUGAAUUUUGGUGGCGUCACUUUUACUGUUCUAGAGAAAUGCCCCUUUACAAAUGAAAAAAAUGCUGAUUUUUUUUGUUUCCGUUUUCUAACUUGAGUUUGCCUCAACCAAAUGUUAUGAAACUAAUCCACAAUGUUUAUUACCACAAAACACAGAUCAAGUUUGAAUUUUGGUGGUGUCACUUUCACUGUUCUAAAGAUAUGCCCCGUUACAAAUGGAAAAAUUGCUGAAAUAUUAGUUUUUGUUCUCUAACUUUAGUUUGCCUCAACUAAAUGUUAUGAAACUUAUGCACAAUGCUAAUUACCACAAUACACAGAUCAAGUUUGAUUUAUGUUGGCGUCACUUUUACCGUUCUAGAGUUAUGCCCUUUACAAAUCUCAAAAUUGCUGAAAUAUUUGUUUCUGUUCUCUUACUUUAGUUUGCCUCAACCAAUUGUUAUGAAACUUAUGCACAAUGCUAAUUACCACAAAACACAGAAAAAGAUUGAAUUUUGGUGGCGUAACUACUACUGUUCUAGAGUUAUGCCCCUUUAAAAAUGGAAAAAUUGCUGAAUUUUUCGUUUCUGUUCUCUAAUUUAAGUUUACGUCAACUAAAUGUUAUGAAACUUUUAAACAAUGUUUAUUACCACAAAACUCAGAUCAAGUUCAAAUUUGGGUAGUGUCAGUUUUACCGUUCUUGAGUUUUGUCCCUUUAUAACAAUAUAUGCAAGUGGGGGCACCAUCUGUGUCCCAUGGACACAUUCCCCAUUUAUUUUGUUUAGAAACAGUUAGUGGCUAUAUAUAAAAGUGUGCAUUAAAAAGGGUCUUGGUGGUUGGGGAGGGGUUUCAUAUCUGUAUUUCUUUAAUUUGUAAUGCCAUGUGUCAUAUACAUGUUUUUUUUGCCCACUAUUCCCUUUUUUUGUAUUUUUGCACCUCACUAUUCUCUAUUCUUGAAAUUUUGGGCCAUUUUUUCUAAUCUGUUUUUUUUUUUGGUCAAUUUUCUCUUUUUUUUUGGAAGCCUGUUUUUGAACAUGAUGUAAAUAGAACUUAUUAAAAUAUAAACAUGAAAAAAAAUAUCAGACAUAGAGAUCUUCCAUGCUGUUGUCAGAGGCAUCAACAUUUAGGUUCAGUCUGUACUUAUAGUUUUUUAACAUCAAUAACUUUCUCAAACCUUCAUGGAAUUUUAUGAGACUUGGACAAAAGCUUUGUUAUGAUGAAAAGACAGUAUUCAGUGUUAAAUUUUGAAAAUAUAUUUUUUCAUUUUCCUUAUUUUACUGAUACAUGGACAGUUUUAUUCACAGUUAAAAUUAAGAUGCAAUGGGGGGAAACAGUUUUUCAGAUAUCAAUUCAUUUGUCAAACCCUCAUGGAAUUUCAUGAAACUUGCACAAAAACUUUUUCUAGAAAUUGCAUCUAAUGAAAAUAAAGUUUUAUAUUUUUAUGCCUUUAAUUGAUAAAUGCAUUUAGUUUUUUGCAGUCAACAUGACAGUAUUGCACUGACAGCAGCAGGCGCGACGCAGGGUUCUAAGAAACUUUCUAUGAAAUUUAUAGUUGACUAUAAAGUAUAUGUAUUUUUUAUUGUUGUAUAAUUUACAGCUACCUGUAGUUGUUCACAUUAGUUGAUAGUUUUCUUAUUGGCAAUCACCACAUUCCCUUAUUUAAGGAUGUUCCCUAUUCUAUUUCAAAAUAAAAAGCUUUUUAACUUUUAUAUAUUGGUAGUAUGAAAAAACUGGACCUAAAAGAGUAGAAAAAAGUUGAUGGUUCAUGUCUUUGUUUUUGAGAUAUUAGCCGUUGAAAAUUUGGCAGGAAAUGAUGCUCUCUCAUUUAGUUUAACAUUGGCACCUCUUUUCCUUGAUAAAACAAUGAAAAAAUAACAAGGAUUUCUGAAAAUAGGGAUUGGCAGUCAAAUCUUUUAAUGGCAUAACAUCAAUAAAACCAGAGGAUUCCAAAUAUCUGACAAGAAUUCAAAAACAAAAGCAGCAAACAUCCUUAAUAUUUAUAAUUGUAACAAAAUAAAGUGCAAAAAUCUCCAAUAUCAUGUAAACUAAUGCUGGUUAGGAAACAAAUUACGAAAGAUAACUCAUUUUCUAGAGUUUUUGUAUGUAAAGCUCUUGUUCUAGAGGUCAGAGUUCAAGGUUCAAUCUAUGUCAUAGUUGACACUGAACAAAUUUGUGGGGAAAAAUGCACGGUUUCAUUAAAUAUUUUCAGUAUUUAGAUGUGUUGUCAGACAUGAAUGUAAAUAAUCAUUUCAGAUAAUAUAUAUUUUAAUAAUAAAAAUAUCAUUUGUA